CUUAUUUAACGCGACAUAAAUGUGAAUAAUUAUGCUUUAAAAGCUAAUUGAAUGACUUUUAUUUAAGUAUUGUUAAUUCUAUAAGAUUUAUAAUAAUACUUGCACGUAGCCUGUUUAUUUGUGUGCUUAUUUAACCUGCAGCUAGUUUUUUUCCCCUAAAUAUGCGCAUUAGCUACAUAUAGUGAGCUGCUCUGUUUGUAAAUGUUUAGCAUGUCUGUAGGCCUGAGAUAAACUGAUGAGAUAACUUGAAACACAGUAACGUUAUCUAAGUGUGAUUGAGUUUAACUGAGUUAUAUUUGUGUGGGAAAUGCCACCCAAGAGGAUAACACGAGCUACAGUGAAGCACAGUGAAGCUCCAGAAGCCUCUCCUGAAGAAGAUGCUGUUCAGAAAGCACCUGGUAAAAGAAAGAGAGCAGCAGGAAAAUCUGAGGACCAGAAAAGUCCAGAAGACAGUUCCUCCAGGUCCACAUGCACAUACAGCCACUGGCUGAUGAAGUCUGAGCCUGAGAGUCGGAUAGAGAAUGGGGUGGAUGUGAAGUUUGGAAUUGAGGACCUUAAAGCUCUACCCAACCAAACUAGCUGCUGGGAUGGAGUAAGAAAUUAUCAGGCCAGAAAUUUCAUGAGGGAUAUGAAAGAGGGCCAUCAGGCAUUCUUCUAUCACAGCAACUGUAAAGAACCAGGCAUAGCUGGUUUAAUGAAGAUUGUGAAGGAGGCCUAUGUUGACCACACACAGUUCGACAAGAAAGAUGUACAUUAUGAUCCCUCCAGCAAAUCUGAGAAUCCAAAGUGGAGUAUGGUGGAUGUAAAGUUUGAGAGAAUGAGCAAACGCUUCAUCCCGUUAACGGAGCUGAAGAAGUAUCACUUGCAGCACAAGAGUAAAGGUGGUCCACUCCAGAACAUGGCUCUGUUCACCAGGGCUAGGCUUUCAGUCCAACCCUUAACUAAAGAGGAGUUCAACUUUGUCUUGAGUUUGGAAGAUGCUGAUCCAAUAUAACAGGCAUGGCCUGGAUGUCUGUGUUGUAAACCUGUGUUCUGUUAAAAUGGUCUAAUAUACUGGAGGUGUUUUUAAAUGUGUUAUUAGCUUCUUAGCUCCACACUGUGGCCUAUGUUCAUUUAUAAUUAUCUAAAUAUCUAAUAAAAUAUUUUGUAAAUCA